CACACACACACCGCAGCUCCAUAUGACACGGUGCGGCCAGGCGGAUUUCCAUAUAGCAACUCUUUUUUUGAUGUUGUUGUCUUUAACUUUCUUCUACAAAAUCCGGCGCUGCAGAGAUUUCUCCUUUAAGGUUUUACUUAAGAAUUUGUGAAAACUGCGCUCAUUUGGGAGGUUAAAUGCGCGCAGGAGCUCGUUCAAGUGCGCAAAAAAAAAAACAAACCCGUGUCUGGUGCCAUUCGAGCGACUGAUGCCCCCCUCUCUGUCUGACUCGCCGUGAAUCAUGUCACGCCGGAAACAGAAGAGACCCCAGCAACUCGUCAAUUCAGAUCCGGGGGGCCCGAAGUUGCUGCAAGAUGACCACCUGAGCUUAAAGUCACCAUCCACAUCUCUGGGAUCAGACCUAACCUCAUCAGGUUCUUCCUCCUCCUCCCCCACCUCACUACAAGACUGCCAGCCGCCCCUGGCCACUCGCCCGUCUCCUGGAGGGCUCCACGCGCCUUCCUUGCCCAGUGAGAGCUCACCUCCUCCCCACUGGCCCAGUCACAUUGCUCCCUUUACCACCUCCCUCCCCAACACCCACUCCUCCCUCUCCCCUGACUUUCCUCACCCAUCAUUGUCUUCCCAGACACACUCACCUCCUCCCCUGGAUCAAUCCUCUGGUACCCACAGCCUGAACCACCAAGUUAACACUCUCUCCAUCAUGACCUCUCCCCCAAUGGGCAGCUCUGCCACAACAAAUACCUCGUCCUCCUCUUCUUCUUCCUCCUCCUCUCAGCAACCUCAACCAGACAGCUCCAGUCCUGGUCAGCAGCAGUCUUCCACCUCAUCAGGGGAGCGGGGGCAGAUCCAGGUGCCCCCAACCCUGGCGGUGCUUUUAGAAGAACUGCGGGUCCUGCAGCAGCGGCAAAUCCACCAGAUGCAGAUUACAGAAGAGAUCUGUCGGCACGUCCUCAGGCUCGGAGGAGCUGUCUUUGGCCAAGAUAACAAUGCACAAGCUAGCGGUGCAGACUGUAACCAGAAGUCCACUGGAACAGCAUCUUCAUCACCUACACAUCCUUCAACCAAUACUCCAGUAACCACAGCUUCAUCCCUGUUGAGUGGACUUCCUUCUUCCCUCUUUCCUCAGCCCGCCAUCUCCAAAUCAGGUACUUCACUAAUCAAUGGAGAUAGACCCCAAUCCUCCUCAACUUCUAGCUCAUUUUCAUCAUCCUCUUCUUUAGCCAUUUCUUCCAGCAUCAAUUCAUCUGUUGCCUCCCUGCACCCUCUGUCCUUGUCCCUGGGCCUGUCACCACGCUACCUCCAUGAGAAAUCAUCCAACACCUCUUCGUUUGGUCACAGCAAUAGCAUCAGUUUCCAAACUCCUUCCCUUCCCACGACCAGCCACUCACAAGACAUUCAGUCAAGCUCAUCUCUUAUCUCUGCCUCCCCGUCAGGACGCCCUCAACAUGUCUGCAGGUUCUGUGGGAAAGUCUUGAGCAGUGAUUCCUCCCUCCAGAUUCAUCUGAGGUCACAUACAGGUGAAAGGCCCUAUCAGUGUCCGGUGUGCCUGAGCCGUUUUACAACAAGAGGAAACCUCAAAGCCCAUUUCCUGAGACACAGAGAGCAGAACCCAGAGCUGUCCCUUUCUCUGCUACCCCCUGCGCUGUCAGAGCAAACACAGAGUGGAUCAGCCCCAGGUUCAGUUCAAAGGAGAAGAAAACGGCGGGUUGAUGAUGACGAAGCAUAUAAUGGAGUGAAAGGAAGUGUUCCCAGUAUAACAGAGAGCAUGGCUUUAGGAUUACUGUCUGGUGGUUCGACUAGGCCUUCACCUUCCUCUCUACCUCUGCCUCCCUCAGUGGACAUGGCUCUUCUGUCCACAGCCCAUUCACUGUUACAGCUAAACAGAGCAUCAGCAGCUGUUUCUAGCACAUCUAGCACUGCUCUCUCUUCAUCAUCUCCAUCUUCCUCUUCUACUUCUAGUCAGUAUAAAGGAGCUAAACAACAGCGGUUUGAUGAAAACACUCCUCCUCACUCUACUCUUCACACAACUUCCCCAUACUCCCAACUUGCCCACCUCCCCAAGAUACUUUUUCCGGGAGGUGCAUCCCCCCACCACCUUGCACUUCUCAGGCCUCCAGGUCACCCAUCCACUUCCCACCUCUCCUUAUCUCAUCAGCUACCAUUCCCAUUCCCUCCUUUCCCAAAACCGCCCACCUCUUCCCCCUCCUCCUCCUCCUCUCCCACCACCUCCACCCAGACCUCAGACACUUCCAAGUUGCAGCGGCUGGUGCAGAAGCUAGAAAAGCAGCCACAAGGCGGUGCCUCCUCCUGCCCUUCUGCCUCCUCUCCUUCCACCUCCUCACAAACCUCUGCUGAUGUUAAUGGUGAUACAAGUGUGCGUGACCUGACUACCACCUCAAGUGCCUAUCGCAGAGAGAUGUUGGCUGCUCUCGGACUGAGCCCAAGUGUCAGCGCUGCAGUGACUGGUCAGGGAGUCUCAGGUUCAGGUCCUACAACUACCACUUCAGCCCUGCCCACAGCCCCGGUUGCUAAUCAGUGUGGAGUGUGUAUGCGUGUUCUCAGCUGCCCCAGAGCUCUUCGGUUGCACCAGGCCACACAUUUGGGAGAGCGCCCCUUUCCUUGUAAGCUUUGCGGCCGUUCUUUCUCCACAAAGGGCAGCCUUAGGGCACACCUGGCCACUCAUCGUGCCAGGCCCCCGAAUGCCCGUGCCCUGAAUUCUUGCCCACUCUGUCCUCGCAAGUUCACUAAUGCCUUAGUUCUACAACACCACAUUCGUUUGCACCUUGGAGGGCAAAUACCGCCUGAUGAGGAGAUUCCUCCUGACGAUGGAGCAGAAACAGAAGGCGCUAUCUUUAAAGACAGUCGUGGCGAGCCUAUUAGCUCCCUAUUAAAAGUGCAAAUCCUUCCACUUGCCUUAACAACAGGGUCCAAGUCUUCAGUGGAUGCUCUCAGCUCAGGAUCCAGUUUUAAGCAGUCCAAAGCUACUGAUUCAGAUUCUGUCAAGAAUGAAGAAUCUGAGCGUUCAAUUCCAAGUGUUAGUCCACCUUUAAGCUGUAAUCCCCCCUCAGCAGGAGCUGAUAAAACUCUGCAGCUUGCAGUAAUUGCCUCAGCUGAAAGCCCCACAGAGGAGAAAACCCAGAUUGAUCUGGGCUCUGCCAGUCCUUUCAAAGCACCCUUACCUAGCUCUCAUUCAGUUGUAGACAAGGUAGAAUCUGAUGAUACUCCUCUCUCUCUAUGUAUUUCAAAGCCUGGUGUUGAUAAUACUACAACUAGACUAGUUAACAGUGAUGUACAACGUUCCCCAAAUGAGCAUACACAGAGUCCCAGUCACACUCCAGACCCCCCAUCUGCGGAUCCUGCACCUUCACUUUCACCGCCCACCAGCCCUGGAGCUACCCCAGAGGCAGAGGAGACUGGUAGUGGUGUUAAACAGGAGCUGAGAGGGAGAAACACUUCCAGUAGUAAAGGGAAAAGCGAUGCUACUACAUCCAGAGAGUCUCUUUCUACAUCUGAGCCAGAACUGGGUAAGGAAGCACCAGUGAAGGAGGAUUCAGCUGCCCUAAAAAAGCUGUCGGAUAACCCAGAGGCUCCUGCAGGGGCAUCAACACCACAUGCCCAACCUGCUCGACCCGACAAGCCCUACAGCUGCUCCCACUGUGGAAAGGCGUAUGCCAGCCGAAGUGGACUUAAGGGUCACAUGAAAACGCAUCCUGGAGUGUUGACGACUACCCCUAGCAAGGCUCAAACCAAUGAAAGUGACCCUUCAGAGGACCGCGGUACUUCAAAUAAAAUCUCCGCGCAGCAGGAGGAAAAGCAGGGACUGGCCCCUGAGAAAGGUGACAGCACAGCUCUGCUCCCAACCAGUGGUGGCUCUGAUGUGACCACUGACACCAUGGACACCACAACAUAGGAUGUGUUUCAGUAGAUCCUGACAAAGGGAAUGUAUUUUUAAUAGAAUGAGAAUUGUUUUGUAGAGUCUGUAAUUCUAACUCAUAAUUAGUAUUUGAAAAAGAAAAAUAGGUAUAGUUUAUUUUUAGUACUAUGACAAAAAAAAUGUUGAAUGUAGUAUUUCUGCUGUCUAUUUUUGUACUUCAAAGACCACAGUGAGGCCUUAUCCUACACCCUUCAACGCAUUGUCCACUUGUACUUUGCUGACACAUUUCAGCAUGUACUGUAUAAUAUCUUUCUUACAAGAAGUACAGUAUACGUUGAUGUUUUGUUUGUUUGUUUGUUUUGAAAAGGAGUGUCCAGAAGUUUCAUACCAAAACAGGCCACGUUUAUAACGGCCACUGAACUGUACAUAAAAACUGCGGUUGCCUUUUUUUUUUUAAUCGCUACUGUUUUCUUUCCUUUGUUUCAAUGCUGCUUAAUGAGUGUUUUCUUAUGUACUGAGUUGCACUGUGUCCCACGCUGCCGAAACAUCUGCUGAACAAACUCACCCCUACGAUGACUGUAACUAUGAUGAUUGUAUUAUCAACUCCGGGUGGUUACAGUAAAACCUUUUUGAUGAUGGUGAAUGUCUUCCCUGUUUUUUUUCUCUUUUUUGUGGUGCUAUCUGCAGUUCUGAAACCUCCAACAAGGAUGAGCCCCAUCCUCUUACUGCUCCCUCCACUCGAUCCGCUGCUCUCUCUCUCUCAGCGCACUUGAGGGUGCUUCACUGCUUCGUAAAUCGUAUGCACUCACUGGAUUCUCUGCUUUGCUCAGUUUAGUAUUUGUAUGCGUUGCCUUCUCCCUGUUACCCUCCACCCCCUUCUCUCUCUUUCUUGUAGCAAUGACAGAAUGUGUUCCCACGCUUCCCAUGUGAUGUUAAAAAAAAAGUAAAUAAAACAGUGGCAAUGUGAA